ACUUAGUACGGGGUGAUUGUUUUGGUAAAAGGCGCAGUUCAUAAUUCAUCCUAUUAAAUUUUAUUUUGCAAGCUUCCUCGUUUAAUCUCUUGAAUGGUUCCUGAGCAAUAGGAAAUACGUGGCGAUGUUACGGUCUCGAUUGCUGGUUAUCGUGUAGGAUAGCAUGCAAGUGAGGCCAUUAUUUUUAUAAACACGUUUGUUAAAAUUUCCAAACGGACACAAUCUGAAUGAUGAUUAUGCGAUAAUUGAGAAAGUUACAAUUGUUCAUCAAUAGAAGUAGGCCUACAGACAGUAAAAGGCAGUUAAAAUAUACCAAUUCUAUUUAGGCCUACGUCGUUGAAAAUGUAAGUGAUGUGCUCGUAACAACUUCGUAGCCAUAUAAUAUAUGCAGUAUUGUAUUUGUAUCACCUAUUGUAUUUAAUUUCACAGUAAUUACCACUGUAUGAUUCGCAUCUCUGGCGUUUCCAUUGUCAAUAGCAUAGACUAAUAGGCCUACUUAUUCUACUGCCGCAGUUUGGAGCUUUUUUUUGUAAUAUGAACAGUGACCUGCGUGUUUUUAAAAUUAAACAGGCCAGUUAAUGGUUCAUUGCUGCUUUCAACAAGUUUUGUUUGCGAAAAUUGAAUGUACUAUAUUAUAAUUAAUUAUAUUUUUUGAAUAAUAAUGAAAUGAAAAUUCAUGAUAGGCCUACGCGUGGCUGGUUACGAGGAUAUGUUAUUACGGCAUGGUAAUUGAAAUAUCAUAUGAGGAUUUGUGUAAACUUACCCAUGGAAAUAAUAAUAGAUAUUCGAGACGUGUUGCGUAUGUAUAUACAUGACGUCAUAAUACUCACGACUGAUUUUGUCAAUGUGAAUUUUCAGUGCUGUAUUGAUAGUCACGAGUGAGCAGCUUAAUAGAAAAAGGCGUUUUGUUGGAAAGGAAUUUCCUAGCAACUUCCGGGUUGAAUUAACAAGUAAACAAAACAGAAUGUGUUAACAGUAGGCCUAACACAGGAGAGUAGGUCUGUGCAGGGAGUUGGUCUGUGAUCCAUUUUGCUUGUAAACUGGUGUUGCUCGUAAUCGGGUCACUUGCUUUUACACAAGUAACGUUUCCCUCAUUAUCGUCGAAGAGAGUGGGCGCGGUUGUAAACCAGACUACAGGUACAACGUCCAAUACCAUUCACACAUUUAUUACGUACCGGCGAACAAGGUUAUAGUGUCGUCUGGGACUAUAUUUCCGUUCUCGAAUCUUCACUGUAGUUCUCACAGUUACGAAUAUGUUGGAUGACAUCGACCCAAUAUUUCAACAGACAAAGUUUAGUUUUGAGGAGGAUUUUCACGCUCAAAAAUGGCUCGAUUGGUUCGAGAAUUACUGGACUCUGUCCAUAAUCGCCAGCGUUAUUUAUGUUGUGGUGAUUUUCAGUAUACAGAGAUUAAUGAAAUAUAGAGAGCGUUUUAAUCUUCGUCCGGCUCUUAUACUAUGGUCGCUGAGUCUCGCCGUGUUUAGUACUGUUUGUGCAUGGAGACUAUGGACCGAAUACCUUCUCUAUUACCGAAAAUUUGGACUUAAGGCUACAAUGUGUGACGAACAGAUCGGUUACCACGGUGUGAAUGGGUUUUGGUCGUUGAUGUUUGUGCUAAGCAAGCUACCAGAGCUAGGGGAUACUUUGUUUAUCGUUCUUAGGAAGCAGCCUUUAAUUUUCUUACACUGGUAUCACCAUAUCACCGUGUUCGUGUAUUCCUGGUACAGUUACCAAUAUAUGGUUGCUCCUGGGCGCUAUUUCAUUGGCGUGAACUGCACUGUGCACGCAGUUAUGUACUCGUAUUAUACCCUGCGCGCUUCACGACUCUUCAAGAUCCCUCGUUUCAUUAAUGUCUGUAUCACUCUCUUCCAGAUGUCGCAAAUGGUUGUGGGUGUCACUGUUAACUACCUAGCAUACAGGUUCCGUUCACGUGGCGAGCACUGCUCAACCACGGAUAUAAAUAUUUUAGUGGCACUCCUGAUGUAUGCUAGUUAUUUAGUUUUGUUCGCACAUUAUUUUUACAAAGCGUAUAUCAGCCGGUCGACUAAGCCGACGAGCACGAAGAAUAUGGAAGUUAACGGUAACGGGGUUCAUUCUAAUGGAACGGCCCUCCACCUCAAGAGAGCUCACUUGAAUGGUAACGGUAUUAAAGUAGACUAGCCGAGUAAACAUUAUAUGGUAGCCUACUUAUUGACAAUAAUCGCAGGUAUUCUCACCAUCAGCAUGUAUUAAAUUUGGACAUUCCAUAAUGUUCACUAUAGAGUAGACUUUAUAAUUGACGCUUUCUUUAGAAACAGACGCCAGUCAUGCUGUUGCUUAAUAUGGUUCAAAGGUUCGAUUUGAGAAGCACGUUUCAAACACGCGCAUUUGUCAUGAUGCAUACUAUCGUUACUAUAAUGAUGAAUGUUGAGCAAAUAGACUAAACUGAUGAUGUUGCCACUUCAACUUCCCGCCUAUGAGAACAUAGGAACGCCACAUUUAGACUGCACAUGCUCACGUCAGCUACAAGUAGACAGUUUUUAUACCUGUAUACCAAACUUUAUUGAUUGAUCGAUUUUUAUCUCCAUUUGGCACAAUGAAGCGAUUUUCAUCAGUGAUUAAUUUCAAUGUUCGAAAUCUACGAGUGCCGAAUGUUUCAGGCUAUGCAAUUUUAUAUUGAUCAUUCAUCAGUAUCGGCAGCCAUUGAUUAUUGGAUCGACUUGAAUUUUGACACAUGAACUGGUAACUUUCUCAUUAUGCUUAAAAAUAUUUGCCAUGCCACAAUAAAUUGGGAGAUUAUCAUUCUAAAAAAAAAGAUUAUGGUUGCUGGAUAUAUCGAUCAGAACUUUUGGAACAUAAACGAUCGUUAAUGGACCUUUCUUGAAUUUCAGUCAAAGUAGACGAAAAGACAAUUGGCCAGUCAGAAACAGGGUCAGCAAUACGCCUUUGUCCCACUAGGCACUCGUGUUGUCUCACAAACGUAUGUGUGUCGUUUUAUAGGACCUAGCAACACCAACCAAUAUGCGGGACUUUAGUGGUAUGGUCCACUGAUUGAUCUAAACUGAUAUAAUGACAACAGAUGCCGUAGGUUUACCCAUGGAGGAAAUAUGUUAAUAUAUUUCCUCCAUGGUUUACCUAACAGUUUUACGUUAUAAUAACGUGGCAGUUUGUUAUUAUUCAAAACGCUUGUUUGUAGUACCACGCAUACUUAUAACGUAAUUUUUUACUAAGUAAUAUUGCAAACGUUGCUGAAAACAUUGCGUUUACGAUAUUUAUUCUAAUCACAAUGUUCUUAGCGUUCGCAAAUGUUAUGAUAACGUUGUAUGCUUUCUGGUACCUUGUAGUAUGUAUGUGAACGAGGGAUUGUAGCGCUGACAAGGAAUACUUGGAAGUUAAACACGUGUCAGAGAUGAGCACGCUUCUGGUUAUUUACAUGAUGCGCUAUGAUAAAAUUAUAGUAUGGUAGAUAUGAAGUGAUUAUCACAAUUAUUUGUGUUUAAGAACGGAUCUCCUACUUCAGGAUUAAAGGGCGAGGUCGAAAACAGUUCAUAAAUACAAGUGUUAACUGAUCAAAAUUAAUGAAGCGGAUCAUCAACAAUAAAGCCAGUCAAUGCAAGAUAUGUAAUCCAAAGAAAUGCUAAAUAUCGGUGUGCGUAAAGGUGCAUGUCGGCAUGGUGUCGCGUAGGUUAUAAAAAAAAUAGAUACGAUAUAUCUAAAAUAUUAUCUACUUUCCUUUAGAUUAUUUAAAAGUUCUUUUAUAAAAGUAAUACUAUACAAAAAGACAGGAAAGUCUAUGAAUAUAAGCCUCUGUAUCAGUUGGUAACAGCUGAUGUUUAUUUUAUUUACGUUUGAUGAAUUUUGGCACGAUUUUAACCAUUUCAACUCAACUAAUGAGUAGUGCUAAUUCUAUCUUUAUGACAUCAAUAUUCAAUAUGGUUUUUAUGUGCACUGUAUUAUGUUUUUUUUUUAUGUUUUGACACUUGUAGAGAAAGUGCCUGGGGUUAGAACUGCGCCUAUACCGUAUGGUAUUUGUGGUCUAGCGAUAUGACUCUUGACAUUAAAUGAUAUUGGUGAUAUAUCACAUUGAUUAUAAACCAUAGAUUUUCUGGUUCAACUUCGCCUCAUGGGCAUCAAGUGGGGAGAAUAGGCGUUAAGAAUUUUAAGGUGCAAUACCAUGAACCUACCGUUGAAAACUUUUCUAAUUUUCUGAUUUUAAUGCAAGGUUACUAUGAAUUUGAUAUGCAGUUGAGUAAAUAAAAUUAAAUCGUUCUUUAUAUAUAUAUAGUUUAAUAUGUGACCUAAUUAUAUUAUUUGCAAUUUAUUAAAUUAUUUAAUGUCGAAGUUAUACUGGCGCCAGACCUCAGCAAUUGUGAAGUUUUUCCUCUUAAUUAAGUUUGCGUAGUGUGUUUAAAAUUUCUAUUUCACAUCGUUUUUAAGUCAGGGUUAUAGCACAGCUUACGGUUUGUUGACACAUGGUAUUUUAAAAAGCAGUGUGACGGGAAAAUGAUUGAUUAGAAAAAUUAAAACUCAUUUAUUAUAAGCCUAUGAUGAACAGAUUACGCAUUGUGUGCGGGUUAAGAACCACGCAUUCCUAUUUAUAUUACUAAUAUUGAUUACAUUUUAUCUUCAAAUAAUUUAAUAUGUUGACUCAAAUUUAUUGAUGUAGACUAAAGCACCCUUAAUUUUCAUGACUUGAAUAAAUAUGAUGUUAAGGUUACUUCC